CGGUGCAUUUUAGGUAGCCUCCAUCUUCAAUCUCACCUACUACUGGCUACUUCCCAACUCCCUCUUCUCCCCAUUCCAAUCAAUCUCAUCCGUUCGUUUUCAUACCCCAGCAGUCUUGGGGUCAGAUCGCCGUUGGAUCUAUCGAUCUCAUCAUCUGUACUCCUCUCGCUAGCUCCUCCGGGAAGAAGAGAGAGAUGGGUGGCGACGGGAAGGUUUUCACGUUGGAAGAGGUUUCUAAGCACAACCACAACAAGGACUGUUGGCUCAUCAUCAGCGGCAAGGUGUAUGAUGUAACAAAGUUCUUGGAGGACCAUCCUGGAGGUGAUGAGGUUCUGUUGUCUGCAACAGCGAAGGAUGCAACUGAUGACUUUGAGGAUGUGGGACACAGCACGAGCGCAAGAGCGAUGAUGGACGAAUACUAUGUUGGGGAGAUCGACAUGUCAACCAUCCCCACCAAGUCCAAGUACACACCACCCAAGCAGCCCCAUUACAACCAGGACAAAACCGGCGAGUUCAUAAUCAAGCUCCUCCAGUUCCUGGUUCCCCUCGCUAUCUUGGGAUUGGCAGUCGGGAUACGUUACUACACAAAAUCUGCCUAAAACAAGCCUGGGGAAGGUGGCAUGCCUGUGAUUCAGGGAAAAAUUCCCAAUAAGUUGUUGGUGAGAAAAAAGACUGUUCUAGGAAAUCUCUUAUUGCUGUUGUGGUCAUUGCAACUCUGGGAGGCUAGUUUUGUGGUACUGUUUGGUAGCGGACUUGAAAAUGCUUGUUUUUGCUCCUGUUUCCCCCUUGUCGCCAUUUUAGAACUUUUGCUUCCGUGCACUGUA